GGGCAGGUGAGGAGGCUGAGACGGGCCGGAGGCCGAGGGCUCGUCGGUGUUUCCCGGGGAGACUGAGCUUAGGAAAAGGCGCUUCUUAUCACGCUGGUCUGCGGAUGAAGCUCACGACUCAGCCAGCCGCAGAUGGAGCCAGCAAUGGAGCCCGUAUUUUCCAGUCUCCAUCGCCCCAGGGGGAGUGAUGCUGCAGGAUAUCCAGGGGACAAGGAGGAGGAGAAGGGCUUCCCUGAAGUCCUUAGGCAAGAGGAACGGCCUCAGGGAGGUGAAGCCCAGAGCCCAGAGAGGGGGGCAGCCUGUGAUGGUCCCCCUCAUAAAAAAAGAGACUCCGGGAAGCUCGUGCUCGGCGCUGAUGGCCAGAAACUGCCCUGGGAAGAGAAACCCUUCAAGUGUCCAGAAUGUGGGAAGGGCUUCAAGGGGCACUCCAGACUCCUGACCCACCUGCAAAUCCACACAAGAGAAAAGGUGUUUGUGUGUGCAGAAUGUAGGAAGAGCUUCAACAGGAAGGCCAACCUGGUGGUUCACCAGAGAGUCCAUACAGGGGAGAGGCCAUACAAGUGCAAGGAAUGUGAGAAAACCUUCAGCUGUGCCUCGAGCCUCGUUGCUCACCACAAAACCCAUCUGAAAAAGAAAACCUUUUCCUGCACUACAUGCAGAAAGGACUUCAGUGGGAACAGAGCUCUGCUGCAGCAUCAGAGAGUCCAUACAGAUGAGAAGCCCUGUAGGAGUUCAGAGCAUGGAAAUAGCUUCAGUGUGAGCUCAAACUCCAUCAGACAUCAACAUCUGAGCGAGAGACCCAGUGAAUACACAGCAGAUGCAAACCAAUCUGAAUUUACAUCUCUGCAUCAGAAAGAAGAGCAAAGGUGUGGUGCAGAGGAAAGUGAGAGGGAUCACUGGAAUCUUGUUUCUGCAGAGUUGAAGAAAAUGAGGGAAAACAUGGAUAUGUUUCUCCUGAAUCAGCAAAGUCAGCUGCAGGUGCUUCAGGAAAUUCAGAAGCAACUGAAUACGCUGCUCCCAGGCAAUGCUCUCUUGAACUCCAAUGUUUAUAGCUUAGGACUCCUGCUAGGACAGCAGGCGGCUGCUGCAGCAUCUGUUUCUUGCCCCCUUCUUAAUCCCAGCAGGCUCCUCGCCUGUAAAGGUGCCAGUGCCUUAUCCCUUUCAUCUGCCUCUGGAGCUCUGCCUGCUCCUCAGCUCCCAGUCUCUCAAGAUCCUGUGACUUCUGCAGCUUGCUCAGCGUUGUGCUGUGAAUGUGUUCGGUGCAAACACGUGUGACUGCUCUGUUCUGUCACUCGGGGCAGGUGACCUCUGGGCCGGGGUGUCGUAGCUCUUGUACCUAUCAAGGUGCUGACUGUACACUCAGAUGCAUCAGCAAGCAGCAGUCGAUCAAAUCCCUCCCUGCCCUGUAGCCUGCAGGGAUUUUGGCUGGGAAUUACCUUUUUUUGAGGUAAUUUUGAGGUAACUCAAGAGAUCGUUAUCACUGGUGUGCAGUGAAGUGCAACGUUCAUAUACAAGAUAAUGCAUCAAACUUGAGUGUGUUUUUUACCUGAUAUGUCUUUCAGCAUGUACUUGGGCAAUUGUACAUCUCUUAAUGAGUUGAAACUAAUGAUAAAGUCCUCAGGGGUGAUUUAAGUAUCUCCUGUUAAGUCUGAUUUAUGUAGAGGGAAAAUGUAAAGGGGUUUGUGUAAAGUUGAACAGCACCCCUAUUCCCAGUGUCUUCUUGCAAAAGCUUCCUUCCUUUAGGGAGUCUUUAAAUUAGGUGUCCUUGACUUAGCUGAUUCUCAGGCCAGCAGCACUGCUGAAAAUAAAUAAUAAAAAAAAUACUUUCUGCUUUUUGUUUAAAAGAAACAACCCACCUCCCCCCAACAAAAUUAAAAAAAAAAAAAAAAAAACCCUGAAAACACAAAUGAAAAAUCCCUCAACAAAAUACUACCUCUCAAGUCUGCCUUACCUACCAAGAGUUCAUGAGGAAAAGCCAAAUGGGUUUAUAGAGCACUUGUUCUUUUGUUCACAGGUGAACUCAGUUGAGCCUGGAUUUAGAUACUUUUGUCUUAUCCUAUUUUGAUUAUUACAGGGUUUUGGCUGUUAAAUAUUAAUUAGGGGUAAGAGUGGGGUAAAUAACAAACACUGAGAAGCUCAGUUGUUACAUCUUGUGAAAACAGCAGAGAAAUUUUUUUUUUUUCUUGCAGUACUCAGACAUUGGGGCCUGUCAGGGUUGGAAAGUGCAGAGUUUUAAGACAUGUUGGUCUGGUCUACCUUGUUCCAUCAGUGACAGACUUGGGGCAGUCUCAGAACCUUUAAGCUUCAAAAGUGUGAAAAAAAAGCUGGUUUACCUUUGAACUGGGAUAAAGAAACUUUGGGGCUUGUACCUUUGCCAACAGUCUUUCUCUUGAACUGAUGCUGUGUUUGUGCACGGUUGGUUUUGUGGUUUGUAGUUGUGUUUUUUAUGUUGCCUUGUUAAAAGGAUGCACUCCUAGUAAUUAAUAAAAUAAGGUUUUGAUUUUA